AUGGCUCUAGCCAAGCCAAAGCGGGCUGGGACAGAGCAGAGCGGGGUGGGGUGUCUCUCUCUCAUGCCGCGAGAGCUCGUCAGCUUCUUGGCAGUAUUUCCCAAAAAAAAUCCUCUGAAAGCCCUGGCGAGCCGAGCAGACAUAUUGAGACUAGAGACACACGGGGAUGGCUGCCACCACUUCGCUCCAAACGUAGCGCUCGCUCACCAUGGUCGGAAGGUACCUCUCCUCAGGUAUUUUUCCUGCUUUUCGCCCGUGAUCCCCCUCUCUUUCUCUUUAUUCGCUGGGCGUCUUUCACUGCGUUGUGCAUUGUAGUGCACCAUUUGCCUUCUAAAUGCAUGCAAGUACUAAGAUAAGUGCGAUUUCCAACGGAAAACAUCCAAGCAGCGACAGACGGCAUUCUGAUUAAUAUCUUCAUAAAGAUAGUAUUAGUGCUGCAGGACUGAUAUAAACAGACUGUAGCUCUGAGCCUUUUUGGCUCUGAUUCAGAUUUGAUAAAAUGGCGUCCUGUACUACACCACAGAAGCCACACCGCUGUGUCAGAGACACACUGCCCUUCUCUCUCUCUCUCUCUCUCUCUCUCUCUCUCUCUCUCUCUCUCUCUCUCUCUCUCUCUCUCUCUCUCUCUCUCUCUCUCUCUCUCUCUCUCUCUCUCUCACUCUCACUCUCACUCUCACUCUCACUCUCACUCUUUCUGUUUCUCCCAUUCUUUUCUAAUCAUUGGAAGAAGCCUAAGCUCUGCAGGGAGGGAGAGAGUGAGUGAGAGACAGACAGCCAAAGCUUGCUCACAAACAGUAUCUCUCCCCAGUUAUCGAUCAGACAAAAGCAGAGGCUGUGUGUGUGCAGAAGUCCACUCCGCUCACACGUGCAUGUAGAGGCACACCAAAAACAACAACAAGAGGGAACUGACGCGGCGGCAGAGUGAUUACCACGGCAGGGCAUCUAGAGCGGCUGCUGCUUUUCCACUGACUCACUUCUUAUGCACCAAGCUGCUUCAGGGGAUAGUUCUAUAACUGUUGUUACCCAAGCCUCUCUCAGCAGUGGUGUUUCUUUAUUGGAAGAGGAAGAAAUCCUACUGUUUGGGUUUGAGGAGUAGAGGCAGAGGCAGUAGAGAGAUUUUUGAGGGGACUGGGAGGCAGUCUUCUGUACAGCAGGGGUGCAACGUUACAAAACAUUCAGAUAGAAAUGUUGUAUUGUGUAGAUUAGGUAUGCGUGUUUGUGAUGUAGAACUGUGAGUCAUGUCAGCUCUACACAUUACAUUUCUACCUGCAUCAUUGUGAACGUUUCACCUAAUUGAAUACACUCCAGGGCAGAGUGGUUAUCGGUCAAGCCAAUUGUGUGUGAACCUGGGGUCAGGCCCAGACUGAGGCUGGACUGCAGGGGUCAAGGGUUAGGACUGAGGAUGGGCAUCUUCGGAUCUGCCGGUGGACUCCACCUUGGCUCCCACUUUAUUCCAAGAUGGCUGCAACUAGGGUAGAGCUGUUGAGAUUACUAGGCUUGGGCGAUAUACCGUUUAUACCGUAUACCGGGGUAUUUUGAAAUAUUAAAAAAAUGUAUCCUAAGGACAACUCCCACAGCAGUCAACAUUUCAACUAGGUUUCUCUUUGCAAAAAUAAAUAUAAAAACUGUUUUCACUUUGUCAUUAUGUGGUAUUGUGUAUAGAUUGAUGAGAUGUUUUAUUUAUUUUUUAUCCAUUUUAGAAUAAGGCUGUAACGUAACAAAAUGUGGAAAAAGUCAAGGGGUUUGAAUACUUUCCGAAUGCACUGAUAGAUAAAAUAUAUUUGAGAUUUGAGAUUCUUCAAAGUAGCCACCCUUUGCCUUGAUGACAGCUUUGCACACUCUUGGCAUUCUCUCAACCAGCUUCAUGAGGUAGUCACCUGGAAUGCAUUUCAAUUAACAGGUGUGCCUUCUUAAAAGUUAAUUUGUGGAAUUUCUUUCCUUCAGUUGUGUUGUGACAAGGUAGGGGGGGUAUACAGAAGACAGCCCUAGCUUUGGGCAUGUUGGGGCCUGGCCCGGGGCCAAGUCCAUAUUAUGGCAAGAAUACCUCAAAUAAGCAAAGAGAAACGACAGUCCAUCAUUACUUUAAGACAUGAAGGUCAGUCAAUACGGAACAUUUCAAGAACUUCUAAAGUUUCUUCAAGUGCAGUCGCAAAAAACCAUCAAGCGCUAUGAUGAAACUGGCUCUCAUGAGGACCGCCACAGGAAUGGAAGACCCAGAGUUACUUCUGCUGCAGAGGAUAAGUUCAUUAGUUACCAGCCUCAGAAAUUUCAGCCCAAGUAAAUGCUUCACAGAGUUCAAGUAUCACCGGUGUACAACAGUGAUCCAUUCUAGUGUUAUCACCGGUGUACAACAGUGAUCCAUUCUAGUGUUAUCACCGGUGUACAACAGUUAUCCAUUCUAGUGUUAUCACCGGUGUACAACAGUGAUCCAUCGGUUAUUGGAAUAAGUGGAGGCAUGUUAUUGUUUUGCCAUUGAUUGUUGACUCAACAUGUGAUUACUGUGAUUGGUCUGGUAAUGUUAAGAUGCCUGUUGUUCAUGCAGUAGCUGUACACAAUGACAAGAAAGCCUGAUCAUCACAUACAUUCCAUUAGCCUGGUUAAACCAACUUGAACACUGCACUCACCAUUGUUUCACUAGCGUUCAGGUUGGUUUACCAGGCUAACAUUUAAUCUCCCCUCUGGAAUAUAGUAUACUGAACAAAAAUAUAAACUCAACAUGUAAAGUUUGAUCCCAUGUUUCAUGAGCUGAAAUUAUCUCAGAAAUGUUCCAUGCUCACAAAAAGCUUAUUUAUCUCAAAUGAUUUGCACAAAUUUGUUUACAUCCCUGUUAGUGAGCGUUUCUCCUUUGCCAAGAUAAUCCAUCCACCUGACAGGCGUGGCGUAUCAAGAAGCUGAUUAAACAGCAUGAUCAUUACACAGGUGCACCUUGUGCUGGGGAUAAUAAAAGGUCAUUCUAAAAGGUGCAGUUUUGUCAUACAACACAAUGCCACAGAUGUCUCAUGUUUUGAGCGAGCGUGCAAUUGGCAUGCUGACUGCAGGAAUGUCCACCAGAGCCGUUGGCAGAGAAUUGAAUAUUCAAGUCUCUACCAUAAACUGCCUCCAACGUUGUUUUAGAGAAUUUGGCAGUACGUCCAACCGGCCUCACAACCGCAGACCACGUGUAACCACGCCAGCCCAGGAGCUCCACAUCCGGCUUCUUCACCUGUGGGAUCGUCUGAGAUCAGCCACCUGGACAGCUGAUGAAACUGAGGAGUAUUUCUGUAUGUAAUAAAGCCAUUUUGUGGGGGAUAACUCAUUCUGACUGGCUAGGCCUGGCUCCCCAGUGGGCCUAUGCCCUCCCAGGCCCACCCAUGGCUGCGCCCCUGCCCAUUCAUGUGAAAUCCAUAGAUUAGGGCCUAAUUUAUUUAUUUCAAUUGACUGAUUUCCAUAGUGUCCGUGUUUUCCUACGUAAAUAGGAGAGUGCUUAUAGUGUAUGCUUUGAUGUUUGCGUUGUCGGUAUACAUUAAUGGUGCAACCAGUUUUCACCCCUAUAUUUAGAUGCCAUUAACUGUUAUACACUGCUCAAAAAAAUUAAGGGAACACUAAAAUAACACAUCCUAGAUCUGAAUGAAUGAAAUAAUCUUAUUAAAUACUUUUUUCUUUACAUAGUUGAAUGUGCUGACAACAAAAUCACACAAAAAUUAUCAAUGGAAGUCAAAUGUAUCAACCCAUGGAGGUCUGGAUUUGGAGUCACACCAAAAUUAAAGUGGAAAACCACACUACAGGCUGGUCCAACUUUGAUGUAAUGUCCGUAAAACAAGUCAAAAUGAGGCUCAGUAGUGUGUGUGGCCUCCACGUGCCUGUAUGACCUCCCUACAACGCCUGGGCAUGCUCCUGAUGAGGUGGCGGAUGGUCUCCUGAGGGAUCUCCUCCCAGACCUGGACUAAAGCAUCCGCCAACUCCUGGACAGUCUGUGGUGCAACGUGGCGUUGGUGGAUGGAGCGAGACAUGAUGUCCCAGAUGUGCUCAAUUGGAUUCAGGUCUGGGGAACGGGCGGGCCAGUCCAUAGCAUCAAUGCCUUCCUCUUGCAGGAACUGCUGACACACUCCAGCCACAUGAGGUCUAGCAUUGUCUUGCAUUAGGAGGAACCCAGGGCCAACCGCACCAGCAUAUGGUCUCACAAGGGGUCUGAGGAUCUCAUCUCGGUACCUAACGGCAGUCAGGCUACCUCUGGCGAGCACAUGGAGGGCUGUGCGGCCCCCCAAAGAAAUGCCACCCCACACCAUGACUGACUCACCGCCAAACCGGUCAUGCUGGAGGAUGUUGCAGGCAGCAGAACGUUCUCCACGGCGUCUCCAGACUCUGUCACGUCUGUCACAUCUGCUCAGUGUGAACCUGCUUUCAUCUGUGAAGAGCACAGGGCGCCAGUGGCGAAUUUGCCAAUCUUGGUGUUCUCUGGAAAAUGCCAAACGUCCUGCACGGUGUUGGGCUGUAAGCACAACCCCCACCUGUGGAUGUCGGGCCCUCAUACCACCCUCAUGGAGACUGUUUCUGACCGUUUGAGCAGACACAUGCACAUUUGUGGCCUGCUGGAGGUCAUUUUGCAGGGCUCUGGCAGUGCUCCUCCUGCUCCUCCUUGCACAAAGGCGGAGGUAGCGGUCCUGCUGCUGAGUUGUUGCCCUCCUACGGCUUCCUCCACGUCUCCUGAUGUAAUGGCCUGUCUCCUGGUAGCGCCUCCAUGCUCUGGACACUACGAUGACAGACACAGCAAACCUUCUUGCCACAGCUCGCAUUGAUGUGCCAUCCUGGAUGAGCUGCACUACCUGAGCCACUUGUGUGGGUUGUAGACUCCGUCUCAUGCUACCACUAGAGUGAAAGCACUGCCAGCAUUCAAAAGUGACCAAAACAUCAGCCAGGAAGCAUAGGAACUGAGAAGUGGUCUGUGGUCACCACCUGCAGAACCACUCCUUUAUUGGGGGUGUCUUGCUAAUUGCCUAUAAUUUCCACCUGUUGUCUAUUCCAUUUGCACAACAGCAUGUGAAAUUUAUUGUCAAUCAGUGUUGCUUCCUAAGUGGACAGUUUGAUUUCACAGAAGUGUGAUUGACUUGAAGUUACAUUGUGUUGUUUAAGUGUUCCCUUUAUUUUUUUGAGCAGUGUAUUAUCUUCUAGGUAUGAUGACAUACUAACCUUUUCCCUUUCUCCCUCUCUCUCUCUCUCCAUCCGCUCUCUCUCUCUCUCCAUCCGCUCUCUCUCUCUCUCCCUCCUCUCUCUCUCCCUCCAUCCUCUCUCUCCCUCUCCAUCCUCUCCCUCUCAUCCAAUAGAGCUGCCCCCACAGAGUGGCCCGGGAGCUCAGUAUGAGAAUCCUCACUUGGGACACCAGCCUGCCAAUCGGAGUGCCACUUCCACCUCAGCGUCGGCCAAUCACAGUGGCUGGGAUACAGUGAUCAUCGACGAGAGUGACACCGAGGCCUGGCCGUCCAUUUCCCGCAGCAGCCAGAGCCAGAGCCAGGGCCCUGCAGGAGGAUGCCCCUCGGACACUGACCUUGUUGGUCCGGCCAGCAGCAGCAGCAGCAGUAUGAGCAUGGCCACGGGGGCCAACGGCCAGACAGGCCACUUUCCUGCCAACUACCCCAGCAGCAAAGGAGCCAGCUCUGGGCCCGGCGGCUCAGCCAAUCACCCCGGGGCAGGCGUGGUCGGCAUGGCAUCCGGCCAUGGAGCAGUCAAUCGGGGCUGGGGAUCUGGUCCCGGUCCCUCCCCCCAUGGCCCUCCUCAGACCUCCUCUGUCGGGGGUGGGGAGGGGAAGAGCGACGGCCCAAUGGGAGGCGGGGGAGGCAGGGGUUGGGGCUCCUCUUCCUCCAACUUUAACUUGAACCUGAACCCCAACGCCAACCCCUCGGCCUGGCCCGUGCUGGGGCAAGACGGGGGCGGAGGAGCGGGGGGAAGCAGCUCAGGGGGAGCCAACCCCAACCAACCCCCUUCUUCUCAACCCCCUCCUAACCUCUGCAACCCACCAGGCACCUCUCCCGCCCAGGGGAACGGCAACAGAGGAGGAACCAUGGGGGGCGGCGCCGCCAACGGUAACCUGCCAGUAGGGGGAGGCAGCACCUGGGGAGAACCAUCUGAGCCGCACCCCUCCUCGUCCACGAAUGUGUCUUUCAGCUCAGAACCUCAGAACCUUAACACUGACGGACCAAAUCAUGCUAACAAGCAACAGGAGCCCCCCAUCCACAGCGUGCCCGGCUGGGGUGGCCCCUCUGGGGGCAUGGGCUCCCUGGGCCAGCCUCCUCCUGGAGCUCCCCAGCUGGUCAACGGAGAGGACGGCAGCUCCGUCUGGGGCAGCAAUGGAGACUCCAAGUCAGUCGCCUCCUCCGCAGAGGCUUCGGGCUGGGACUCUGGGGCCGGUGGCUGGGGGAGCCAUGGAAGCAGUGGUGGGGGAACCUCUGGAGGCUGGGGAGGCCAGAGAAGCGGAGACGGAUGGGGGAAGCAGCAUUCUGGCGAGGGCCAGGGAGGCUGGGACGCCCCCAGCUCUCCUCCCCAGCAGGCCAGGUCCUGGAGCACCCGAGCACCUAGCACUGCGGCAGCCAGCGAGGGCAGCAGCGAGGGCAUGGACGGAGCGGGACACUCCCGCCGACAGGACCAGUCGUCCAGGGAUGAGCCUGCCGCCCUGCUCCCUGCCCCUGACCUGGACCCCAGGGUGCUGUGCAACACAGGCUGGGGCCAGACACCCGUCCGCCAGCACACGUCCUGGGACAUGGAGGAGGCGGCACGCACCCAACGAAAGGCAGACGCUGCCGGGACGGACUCCUGGGGAGGCUCUGGCCCCAACACCCCCACCGAGUCAGCCCAAGGGCCAUCCAACCCCAACCACGGCCCCCCUCAUCGGGCUGACCCCAAGAGCGAGGGUCCCGGGCCCGGUCCUCAGGCUGCCCCUGGCUGGGGUGGUUCCAUGCCUCCAGCCAGCCAACCCGGCUCUGGCUGGGGCGAGCCACCGAGCAGCAAGAAUCCCCCCAAUGGUCCCGGAGGCUGGGGGAACCCCCCACCAGGAGGCCCCGGGCCAGGCCCCAACAUGCCCAAAGCUGGGAGCCAGUCCUGGGGAGCUCCAGAGGAGAAGUCCCCAAGCUGGGAUGAUCCCCACAGCAAGGCCCCCAAGCCCCAGGGCUGGGGAGAUGGGCCCAAGCCAUCCCACAGCGGCUGGAGCAACAGCGCUGGAGGAGGGGGCAGUGGAGGUGGAGGUGGAGGAGACUGGGGAGAGCCUGCAGAUGGCAAGAAGAGCAGCCCCACCACCAACCCUCCCUGGGAGGGAGAAGGAGCAGGAGGCUGGAAAGAGAGCAACCGAGGCUGGGGAAAGCCUGGUCCAGGGGUGGUGGGAAAUGUUGGAGGAGGUGGAGGCUGGGGAGAGCCAGCGAUGGCCCAGCAGCGCCCAAGCGGCCCUGCCCAAGGAUGGGGCGGCAAGCCCCAGGAGAGCUCCAAUGGCAACAGCGGAGGAGUUAGAGGCGGUGGAGAAGGGAGCAUGGGAUCCUGGGGAGGCCCUGGCCCCGUGAAGCCCAGUGGAUCAGGCCGGGGGGGCAUCGGUGGAGGAGGAGGGGGCAAGCAGGACCCCUCAGGAGGAGAGCCCACGGGGUGGGAGGAACCUUCCCCACCCUCCAUCCGACGCAAGAUGGAGAUUGACGACGGCACCUCGGCUUGGGGCGAUCCGGGCACCUACAACAAGACGGUCAACCUCUGGGACAAGAACAACCCUGGGGGAGGAGUGCCACCCCAAGGUAGACCUCCAGGGAACGCCCCCCCAGGCCCCCCUGGAAACAACAACAACAACAACCACCCCCACCCACCACAUCACCCUCCCCACCAUCCUCACGCCUACCACGGCCCUCCACCACCCCUCCAGAGCCAUGGGGGCCACAACCCCCAGGGCUCAGGCCAGAACAGUGGGCCCAUGGACCCAGCCGUGCCUCACCAGACUGCACCUCCACCACACAGCAGACAACCCCUCAUGGGUCCAGGUGAGAAGACAUACUCUAUGCAUGGAUGGCUUAUAGUGUUACUGUGAUUUUGUCUUGGUAAUCUUGUCAUUUGACAAUGACAUCUAGCUUUUAAUCAAGAGUCUUACGAAGUUGAAACGUCUUGCAAUGUUGGGUUUACGUUUUGUACAUGUAGUCAUGGGAGGAAAACAAUGUUGUGGGUUGUACUCAAACCUAACAGGCAGAAUGAAUUCACUGUACCAGGCCUGAUAAAGAUUAGUCAUUUUGUUAAAAAGCGGCAGCUUAAAACACUUGUCGCAGUUCAAUCAACUGUUACUAUACUGUGCACACACAAGAACAAGGAAAUAGCUGUAUAUCCUAUCUAUGACUUAACACAAAAUCUUGUUAGGUGGUGCACAGUGAACACAUGCUAGGCUCCAAACCGUUGAUCCAUUUUAAAAGUAAAACCUCGCCCUCUUGGAUUUCCAUCUAAAUGAAUAACCAAAUUGGCGAAAGCGAUGUCAGCCCGCCCCGGCCCCACCCCUUUUACUUCUCUGAAGCUCGCUCUCCUCUGAUUUCACAACAACAACACGGGUGCCCCGUCUGUGUGUGUAACCGUGGCAACCUCACGUGGGCACACGUGGCGGAGGAAGCCCAAGAAUGCUGUUUACUAACCCUGCUUGUGAAAAUAGCGAUUGGAGCCGCAAAACGUUUGAGGUAUGGAGGAAGUGUGUGAUUAUAGGGGGAGCCGCCAUCUGUCGGUAGUUAGAGGAGAGAGAGGAGGAGGAGGAGGAGGAGGAGAGAAAGAGAAUUUAGAUCCCCCCCCUGCUGGUUCUGGCCAGUCACUGCCCCAUAUGCUGCUCUUUUAUGCACCGCAAUCAACCAUGCAACACAAAAUAAUACAAUACAAGUUUUGUGUCAAUACAGUAUACUUUGAAAUAUGUCUUUAGUUUCCUUCACUCCUUUCCCACAUAACCCUGAUACUUAAAAUGACAGGCUAGGUUUUACACCUAUUGAGUUCUUUAACGUCAGUGGUCAUGAAGGAGAGGACAUGAGGAAAGACUAUUUAAUCAUGACUGAGAGAGUGAAAUCUGAUCCAGGAAGUAGACCUCCUCUUGGAGCGAGAGACACACUGGCACAGGCAGAGGGAUAGGGCUGCCUGACUCUCAGCCAGGCCAACUGGUUACUACAGAGAGGGCCAAGAGUUAAACAGCCUCCUCUGUCCUAGCCUGGCUAAGGUCUAGCCUGGCCUGCUUAAACCAGGAAAAGAAAGAGGUUAGGAAUGGUAUAAUUUAGCAAUAUGAUUUUCUUAGAUUUUUUUUUUACAUUGUGAUUGUUUAAACUUAGAUAUUUAGAAUAAGGAUGCACACAAUGUUGAAAUUGUGUGCAAUACAUAAUUUUUGUUAGGUGUAUGAAUGGAGGUACAUUUUCCUGUAGGAGUGCAUGCUCAGAUGGCAUGUAAACAAAAUGAAGCUAAGGUUCCAGAGCAAGGCUAGAGUGUUUUGGGUCCGUUGAUCUCUGUACUGUUGUACAAUCCAAUCCAUGUGUGCCCUUACCAAAGUCAUCCUGUUCCUAGGCUGGAGGGAGCUGUCCAGUGCCCACCCCAAACCAGAGCCCUCCUGGGGGGAGCCUGCACCCCCUCCGGUCAGCGUGGACAACGGGACCUCCGCCUGGGGGAAACCCACCGGGAGCCAUGGGGGCUGGGGCGGGGGUGACAACAGCCCCGAACCCUACAGACGGGGCAACCCACCCCUGGGAUCUGCACCUUGCAAACCAGGUGAGAAGAACACUAGUACUUUUUUUUAUAGAUUAGAUUUUUCCUGAUUAAUCAAAAUUGCUGAUGUUUUUACUAGGGCUGGGACCUCAUGAUAUUAUUUAUUUUUUGUUUUUUUACAUUUUAGUCAUUUAGCAGACGCUCUUAUCCAGAUCAACUUACAGGAACAAUUAGGGUUAAGUACCUUGCUCAAGGGCACAUCGACAGAUUUUGCACAUAGUUGGCUCGGGGAUUCAAACCAGUGACCUUUCGGGUACUGGCCCAACGCUCUUAACUGCUAGGAUACCUACAGGCUACCUUAUGUGACGAUAGGAUAUGUAUUGCGAUUCUCAUGAUUCUAUAAGUAUUGCGAUUUGAUUCUGUGAUUUUAUUGCGUUUUGAUUUUCCAAACAUAUUGCUCACCAUAUGUCUGCUGCAGAGGGACAAGAAAGCCAUGAGAUCAGUCAUGGAAAUAAAAUUGCUGAAAACAAAUUGGCUCCCUAUUUAAAAACAAGAUGAAGUACAAGCUAUAUUGGAAAAAUACUGGAGUUUUGGUGCAGGUACAGCCAACUAGCGCAAAAAUAAUAUUGCGAUAUUGUCGAUGCGACAUCGUCAGAAAUAAUAUCACGAUAUGUAACUGUAUCGAUAUUUUUACCUUGUAAAGGAAGUGUGUCUUAGAUCUGUCUUGCAACACAUAAAGGCUGAAGCCUCGAUUUAGUAUGCAGCCACACUGACCUCUGGUGGCAGGCAGAAUAGUCUUUCUAUACCGAACUCUGUAAUUUACCAGUGCAUGGCUAUGCUAUAUAAAAAAAAAUCAAUCAACUGACAAUUAAAAUACCCCACUGUUAGAACCAAUACAAAUCAGAAAUACAAAUAUAUUAUGUCAUAAUCCGUGGCGGCUGGUGACAUAAAACAUAAGAUAGUAACACAACACUUCCUUCUCUCCCUCUGCAGCCCCCAAAUCUAUGCAAGAAGGCUGGGGAGGCGGAGGCGGAGGCGGUGGAGGGGAGGACAUGGGUCUGUCCGGGGGCCAGUGGGACCCUGACGACGGGGACAUGUGGAGCAGCCAAGCCUCCCAGGAGAGCAACUCCUGGGGAAACCGACCCAGGAAGGGCCCACCCAAGGGCAAGAUGCCGGGCAAGCAGGAGGAAGCCUGGAUCAUGAAUCGCCUGAUCAAGCAGCUGACAGACAUGGGCUUCCCUGUGAGUGAUACUACCUGCUACUACCUCUGGGGUCAAACUCCACACUGAUGUAAUCUGUAUACAUAGAAAUAUGAUAAUAAUAUAGUAAUAUAACAAGCCAUUUAGCAGACAGUGUACAACAGUGAGUGCAUACAUUUUCGUAUGGGUAGACCCAGCUGGGAAUCGAACCCGCCAUCCUGGCGUUGCUAGCUCCAUGUUCUUACCAACUGAGCCACACAGGACCACACAUACGCAUGCAUAUUUGUGAGAUAUUUCUGCUGACAGAUGUUCCUUGUGUGUGUGUGUUUGUCCAGAGGGAUCCAGCCGAGGAGGCUCUGAAGAGGAACAACAUGAACCUGGACCAGGCCAUGAGUAAGUCUCUCUUCUCCCAGUCCUCAAUACACUCUGUUAACUCCUUGUCCCUGAUGUACUCCAUAUCACUGUCACUGACUGUAUCAGUGUUGGUAAUAUCCCUGUGCGCUCUAUCUUUAUCUCUAUCUCUCUCUCUCUCUCUCUCUCUCUCAGGUGCUCUGUUGGAGAAGAAGACAGAGCUGGACAGGCGGGGGAUGGGCAUGUCCGACUACAACAACGGUCUGAUCAACAAGGGGCCAAUGGGCUGCCGGCCUCCGCUCCUCUCCAAAGAGUCCUCCUCAGAUCGCUCCCCUUUCCUCGACAAGGUAAUGACCCCUGACCCCCCCCCCUAACCCCAGUAUCACACACUCCGAUACUGUCCAUGGGUACUUCAAUUAGAAGAUGCUGUAUAGCCAGGGCAGACAUAGUGGUCUGCGGAACCAUGGAAAAUAACUCAUCAAGGAAUCAGACAAAAAUAUUUUUUUAAAGCCUAGAUUAUUAAAAAUGUACUGUACAUCACAUUAUCAAUAGUGUGUUUGUUCCAUUCUUCACUAGUUAUGAGGGGAGAGUUGCGGUUCUGUACAGGGCAAGGUUCAGUUUAUGUAUCCACCCAUUGAGAGUGUAAUGGUGGCGCUCUCCCUCUGUGGCUGUCUGUGUCUGUCUGUGUGGGUGCAGGACGGUGUUGGUAGCCUGGUGGAGGACGUCCACACCUCCUCACCGUUUAUGCCUUCCCCUGGCCCCCUCGGCCUGAAACUCCCAUCUCUGUCCAGCCAGGGCCUGGGCGGCCCACAGGGCCUAGCCAUGCAAAACUUGAACAACAGACAGGUAGGCAGCACACUGUCUACGGCUAUGUGGGGUUUAGACAGCAGACAGGCAACAGACAGGUGCCAUAGGCAGAAUUGGGAGUGAUGCGGACUUGAAUGACAGACUGACUGGAAAAUAUACAAGUCUGAGAAGAGGAAGGUCUUGUUGGCAUACUGAUAGGCAGAGAGGGCGAUGGACAGACAUACCAACAAACUGGCAGGGGGCAGACAGAGCUAGAGGGAGCCUGUAUGUAGGUUUUGGAUUUUUCACUGGGGUUUUGCGUAGCCUGUUAAAUCUUGUUGGACUUUUUAAACAUCUAAAUCAAAUCAAAGUUUAUUCGUCUCGUGCAAUGGCUGUAAACGGUUCAGUGAAAUGUUGACUUGCAGCUCUUCCUCUACAGUGCAGAAUAAAUGUCAAGUGGGUUCCUAUCAUCAUUCUGUUCUCCCUCGUUUCCACCUCUCUCUCUCUCUCUCUCUCUCUCUCCCUACCCCAAUCCCUCUCUCCCCACAUCCCACCUCCCUCCCUCCCUCCCUCUCCUCCCUCCCAGAUGCAGAGUGGAAUGUUCGGCAGUAGCGGAGCAGCACAAGCCCGGGCCAUGCAGCAGCCUCCUCCUCAGCCGUCAGUGCCGCCUCUCGGCUCCUCCCAGCCUAGUCUACACGCUCAAGUGCCUCAGUUUCUCUCCCCUCAGGUACACACACACAACACGGACCAGGGUUGCGAGAGGUUGUUAUUAGACAGGUAGGGAGGGAUCCUUUUUUGGGUUUGUCUUCCGUUUAGUGCCUAAUGAAUACGACCUGGUGAAUACGACACACACCUCUCAGCCCCGUCUAAGUAUCUCCCCUCACUCAUACACACAAACACACUUGCACUCAUACACACAAACACACACACACACAUUGUUCAGCUCCCCUCAGCAUAGUUUACGUGCCUAAGCGCCUCAGUCCUGUCCACCGUUUUUUUUCUCCUACUUAGUUUAUGGUUUCUAAAACCGUAUCUUUUGGUCUCUCUCUUGUCUAGGUUCAAGCACAGCUCUUACAGUUUGCAGCAAAAAACAUUGGUCUGAAUCCUGCACUUUUAACCUCACCAAUAAACCCUCAACAUAUGACCCUUUUGAACCAACUAUACCAGCUGCAACUGGUGAGUCCCCUUCUGGUCUCCUCUCAGUUUACAGUAGCAUUCCUCCAUAUAAAACACAAUGCAGAUACACUCUGUACACUCUUAUAUCAUACAUUUCUCCACUGCUUUGUUGCCUUAGAGAUGUGAAAAACACUUGACUGAUCGCAUUCUGUAGCAACUACAAAAUGUUGUGUGUGUAUGUGUACACGUGCGUGCAGUGGGGAAAAAAAGUAUUUAGUCAGCCACCAAUUGUGCAAGUUCUCCCACUUAAAAAGAGAGAGGCCUGUAAUUUUCAUCAUAGGUACACGUCAACUAUGACAGACAAAAUGAGAAUAUUUUUUCCAGAAAAUCACAUUGUAGGAUUUUUAAUGAAUUUAUUUGCAAAUUAUGGUGGAAAAUAAGUAUUUGGUCAAUAACAAAAGUUUCUCAAUACUUUGUUAUAUACCCUUUGUUGGCAAUGACACAGGUCAAACGUUUUCUGUAAGUCUUCACAAGGUUUUCACACACUGUUGCUGGUAUUUUGGCCCAUUCCUCCAUGCAGAUCUCCUCUAGAGCAGUGAUGUUUUGGGGCUGUCGCUGGGCAACAUGGACUUUCAACUCCCUCCAAAGAUUUUCUAUGGGGUUGAGAUCUGGAGACUGGCUAGGCCACUCCAGGACCUUGAAAUGCUUCUUACGAAGCCACUCCUUCGUUGCCCGGGCGGUAUGUUUGGGAUCAUUGUCAUGCUGAAAGACCCAGCCACGUUUCAUCUUCAAUGCCCUUGCUGAUGGAAGGAGGUUUUCACUCAAAAUCUCACGAUACAUGGCCCCAUUCAUUCUUUCCUUUACACGGAUCAGUCGUCCUGGUCCCUUUGCAGAAAAACAGCCCCAAAGCAUGAUGUUUCCACCCCCAUGCUUCACAGUAGGUAUGGUGUUCUUUGGAUGCAACUCAGCAUUCAUUGUCCUCCAAACACGACGAGUUGAGUUUUUUACCAAAAAGUUAUAUUUUGGUUUCAUCUGACCAUAUGACAUUCUCCCAAUCCUCUUCUGGAUCAUCCAAAUGCACUCUAGCAAACUUCAGACGGGCCUGGACAUGUACUGGCUUAAGCAGGGGGACACAUCUGGCACUGCAGGAUUUGAGUCCCUGGCGGCGUAGUGUGUUACUGAUGGUAGGCUUUGUUACUUUGGUCCCAGCUCUCUGCAGGUCAUUCACUAGGUCCCCCCCGUGUGGUUCUGGGAUUUUUGCUCACCGUUCUUGUGAUCAUUUUGACCCCACGGGGUGAGAUCUUGCGUGGAGCCCCAGAUCGAGGGAGAUUAUCAGUGGUCUUGUAUGUCUUCCAUUUCCUAAUAAUUGCUCCCACAGUUGAUUUCUUCAAACCAAGCUGCUUACCUAUUGCAGAUUCAGUCUUCCCAGCCUGGUGCGGGUCUACAAUUUUGUUUCUGGUGUCCUUUGACAGCUCUUUGGUCUUGGCCAUAGUGGAGUUUGGAGUGUGACUGUUUGAGGUUGUGGACAGGUGUCUUUUAUACUGAUAACAAGUUCAAACAGGUGCCAUUAAUACAGGUAACGAGUGGAGGACAGAGGAGCCUCUUAAAGAAGAAGUUACAGGUCUGUGAGAGCCAGAAAUCUUGCUUGUUUGUAGGUGACCAAAUACUUAUUUUCCACCAUAAUUUGCAAAUAAAUUCAUUAAAAAUCCUACAAUGUGAUUUUCUGGAGAAAAAAAUUACAGGCCUCUCUCAUCUUUUUAAGUGGGAGAACUUGCACAAUUGGUGGCUGACUAAAUACUUUUUUCCCCCACUGUAUGUAGAUACAUAUGUGUGUGUCUGUGGAUUUGUGUGUAAACGUAUAUUCCUCUGCAGGCGUACCAGCGUUUACAAAUUCAGCAUCAGAUGUUGCAGGCUCAGCGUAAUGUUUCUGGCCCCAUCCGACAGCAAGAGCAGCAAGUGAGUGUCCCUCUGUGACCCUUCCCUCUCUCUCAAAUACAGCCCACUAGUUUUACCCAUUGCUGCCUUUUUAUAUCUACUGAUCCUGAACCCGGCCAGGCCUCGUACUGGGGUAAAACCCAAAUGUUUUACCAUUCUACCAUAGCAGAGGGCGUGUAUGUGCUUUGCAGACAUACCUGGGUUCCUAGUCUGGUGAAUUUGAGAGAACCUGGUUGGCUAAACCCUAGUAAAAGCAGUGUUUGUAUGUAUAAGGGGCUAUACUUGCCAUUCUGUCUAGCAACUGUCCUAUUGAAUUUUUCCUGUGGUCUCUGCUGGCUCAGAGAUAAACUGACCACCAUCUUUGUGUCGCUCUCUGAUGUCACUUCCUCUUCCUGCAGGUUGCACGUACAAUCAAUAACAUGCAGCAGCAGAUCCAACAGCACCAGAGACAGCUGGCCCAGGCCCUGCUGAUGAAGCAGCAGCAGCAGGCCCCCGGCUCCCUCUCCUCCUCCGGCCUGCACCACGGCCAAGGCAAAUCAGCCCUGGACUUGUUCCCAGGCCACCCCCAGGCUCCGGGCCUACCCGACCUGCAGACCAAAGAGCAGCAGUCGUCCCCCAACUCCUACAGCCACUACCCUCUCUGUGAGUGGGGACUCUGUUCCACAACAUGCACAACACAUGCUUGUUUGUGCUUUGGACAGUUGUUGACGUAAAAAGUGCAAUAUAAAUACAUUUGAUUGAUUGAUAGCAGGACAGGGACUGGGUAUGUUAUCAUUGUUACAGGUCCCAGAUGAUUGAUUGGAUUUAUAUAAAGUACCAUAGCAACAAAGUGCAAAACAAGAAACUAGUGAUUCAUCCUUAAUGCUUUAUUGACUUGUCUUAUCUGGUGUUACCUCCCUGUUUCACCUCUUCCCCCAUCUCCCUCCCUCUCCCCUCUCUCUCCCCCCUCUUCUCUCUCUCUCUCUCUCUCUCUCUCUCUCUCCCCCCUCUUCCCUCUCUCUCUCUCCCCCCUCUUCCCUCUCUCUCUCUCCCCCCUCUUCCCUCUCUCUCUCUCCCCCCCCUCUCCUCUCUCCUCUCCCCCCCUCUUCCCGCCGCUCUCUCCCUCCCCCCCUCUUCUCUCUCCCUCUUCCCUCUCCCCCUUCCCCCUUUUCCCCCUCUUCCCCCCCUCUCCCUCUCUCUUCUCCCCCUCUUCCCCUCUCUCUUCCCCCUUUUCCCCUCUCUCUCUCCCCCCUCUCCCUCUCUCCCCCCCUUCUCCCUCCCCCUCUCUCCCCCCCCCUUCCCUCUCUCUCUCUCCCCCCUCUUCUCCCUCUCUCCCCCCCCCUCUUCUCUCUCCCUCUUCUCUUUUCCUCUCUCCCCCCUCUCCUCUCCUCUCUUCCCCCUCUUUCUCUCUCUCCCCCCUUUUCUCUCCCCUCCUCUCCCCCCCCCUUCUCCUCCCCUCCCCCCUCUUCCCUCUCUCCUUUUCCCCUCUCCCCCCCCUCUUCUCCUCCUCUCUCUCCCCCCUCUUCCUCUCACUCUCUCCCCCUCUUUCCCUCUCUCUUCUCCCCCUCAUCUCGUCUCUCCCCCUCUCUCUCGUCUCCCCCGCCUUCCCUCUUCUCUCUCCCCCUCUUCCCUCUCUCUCUCCCCCGCCCCUUUCCUCUCUGUCCCCUCUUCCUCUCUCUCUCCCCCUCUUUCCGCUCUCUCCUCUCCCCCCUCUUCGUCUCUCUUCCCCGCCUCCCACCUCUCUCUCCCCCCCUCAUUCCCCAUCCUCCCUCUCUCUCCCCGGCUCCCCCCUCUUCCCUCUCAUCCUCUCCGCCCCUGCCCCCCGUCUCUCUCCCCCCUCUUCCCUCUCUCUCUCUCUCUCCAGCCCCUCUUCUCCCUCUCUCUCCCCCCUCUUCCCUCUCUCUCUCACCCCUCUUCUGCCCCUCUCUCUCCCCCGCCCAUCUUCCCCCUCUUCCCUCUCUGUCCCCCCCCUCUUCCCUCUCUCUUUCCCUCCCCUCUUCUCCUUCCCUCUCAUCUCUCCUCCCCCCUCUUCCCUCUCUCUCUGCUCUCCCCCCUCUUCCCUCUCUCUCCCUCUCUCCUCUCUCUCCACCGCCUCUUCCCUCUCUCUCUUACCCCCCCUCUCUCUCCUCUCCCCCUCUCUCCUCCUCUCCCCCUCUCUAGGCGUCCCCCUCUUCUCUCUCGUCUCCCCCUCUCCCCUCUCUCUCUCUCUCUCCCCCCUCAUUCCCUUCUCUCUCUCUCCCGGGCCCCCCCCCUCUUCCCUCUCUCCUCUCCUCCCCCCGCCUCUUCCCUCUCUCUCUCCUUCACCCCCCUCUCUAUUCUCUUCCCCUCUCUUCUCUCCCUCCUCUUCCUCCCCUCUUCCCUCUCUCUCCUCCCCCUCUUCCCUCUCUCUCUCCCCCCUCUUCUCGCCCUCGCUCUCCGCUUCCCCCUCUCCCCUCUCUGCUCCUCCCCCCUCUUCCCUCUCUCCUCUCCCCCUCCUUCCCUCUCUCCUCUCCCCCCUCUCCCCCUCUCUUCCCCCCGCUACGUUCCCCUCUCUCCUCUCUCUCUCUCACCCCCUCUGCCUCUCUCUCUCUCCCCCCCUCUCUCUCUCCCCCCUCUUCCUCUCUCUCUCUCCCCCCUCUUCCCUCUCAUCUCUCUCCGCACCCCCUUCUCUCCUCUCUCUCCUCCACCCUCCUUCCCUCUCUCUCUAACCCCCUCUUCUCUCUCUCUCCCCCCUCUUCCCUCUCCCUCUCCCAGCUGGACUGAAUCCUAACAUGAAUGUAACCUGCAUGGAGGUGGGGGGCCUGUCCAUGAAGGAGCCUCCCCAGCCCCAGUCCCGCCUCUCCCAGUGGACACACCCAAACUCCAUGGACAGCCUCUCUGGAGGCUCAUCCCCUCUGGAGCCCAACCUGGGCAAGCAUGGUACGAAGUGUUGAUACCAUUGCCCAAUAUUGGGACAAUAAAGAUUUAUUGAACUGAACUGAACUGAGCUGGACUGAGUAGAAUUGGGGAAUAUGAAAGGAGCAUGAUGACUUAACCAACUUCCUGGUUCCCCUCUCUGCCAGGUUCCAACCUGGCCCCCCCCGGGAAGCCCCCCCAGUUGGAUGAUGGGUACAGCCCCUACAGCAUGAUGCCUGGCUCGGAGUCCCCCACCAACCCUCUGGUGCCCCCAGACAGUUGGGGCCAGGGCAAGAGCCCCAACGACAAGAUGGUCAACGGUGCCAACAUCACCUGGCCUCCAGGUCAGUUAGUUGGCUAGUUAGACUGGGAUGGUGGCAAACAGUCCUGGACAGCUACAGUGACUGCUUACUGUCCAGCCAAAAACCAUUUCACCUAAUAUGAUUAUCAUGGGAAUGAUGUAGCCAAAUUAGUUCUGUUUUCAAGUUAAUUUAUCAGAUGAAUUUAUCAGAAGGGUUUAGUUUCAUUGCAAGCACCACAUUUUUUAUACAGUUACAUUACUUAACCAGGUAAUCAUGUAAAUGAUCGAGAGGAAUGACAAUUGUAGUACUUCCUGAAUCAUCACUUCUGUUUCAUCACUUCCUCCUCCAGAGUUCUGCCCGGGCGUGCCCUGGAAGGGCCUUCAGAACAUCGACCCGGAAAACGACCCCAACAUGACCCCGGGGAGCGUUCCCAGCGGCCCCACCAUCAACACCAACAUCCAGGACGUCAACCGCUACCUGCAGAGAGACCGCAGCAGAGGUGAGGAGGGAGGACGAGGGAAGCAGAAAGGGAGGGAGAGGGAGGUGGAGAUGAUGAUGAGAAGGGUGCAGAGGAGGGUGGAGAGGGAGGAGAGGGGGGGGGGAGAGAGAGGGAGGGAGAGAGAGUGGGACAGGAGGUAGAGAGAGGGAGGGAUGGUGAGGGAAAGGGACAGGAGAGGUGAGCGAGGGGGGGGGGGACAGGAGAGGUGAGAGAGAGAGAUGGAGAAGAGAGGAGAGCUGGGGGGUAUGAGAUGACGUGAAUAAUUCAAAGAAAACUGCUGCAGGCCAAAACAGAUAGUGUGCCUGCAAUGUAUCCCAAUGUAUUGGGGAGACUGAAUAUCAGUAACAGUUGGGUCACCGGAGGGAACCUGCUAUUUUUCUUCUGUUCCUGCUUCUUCUUCUUCUCUUCUUCACUUAUCUGCAUGUACAAUCUGUUGACACUCGUACAGUGAGGGAAAAAAGUAUUUGAUCCCCUGCUGGUUUAUUUCAACAGUGAGAGACAGAAUAACAACAAAAACAUCCAGAAAAACGCAUGUCAAAAAUGUUAUAAAUUGAUUUGCAUUUUAAUGAGGAAAUAAGUAUUUAAUCCCCUCUCAAUCAGAAAGAUUUCUGGCUCCCAGGUGUCUUUUAUACAGGUAACGAGUAGAGAUUAGGAGCACACUCUUAAAGGGAGUGCUCCUAAUCUCAAUUUGUUACCUGUAUAAAAGACACCUGUCCACAGAAGCAAUCAAUCAAUCAGAUUCCAAACUCUCCACCAUGGCCAAGACCAAAGAGCUCUCCAAGGAUGUCAGGACAAGAUUGUAGACCUACACAAGGCUGGAAUGGGCUACAAGACCAUCGCCAAGCAGCUUGGUGAGAAGGUGACAACAGUUGGUGCGAUUAUUCGCAAAUGGAAGAAACACAAAAUAACUGUCAAUCUCCCUCGGCCUGGGGCUCCAUGCAAGAUCUCACCUCGUGGAGUUGCAAUGAUCAUGAGAACGGUGAGGAAUCAGCCCAGAACUACAUGGGAGGAUCUUGUCAAUGAUCUCAAGGCAGCUGGGACCAUAGUCACCAAGAAAACAAUUGGUAACACACUAGGCCGUGAAGGACUGAAAUCCUGCAGCGCCCGCAAGGUCCCCCUGCUCAAGAAAGCACAUAUACAUGCCCGUCUGAAGUUUGCCAAUGAACAUCUGAAUGAUUCAGAGGAGAACUGGGUGAAAGUGUUGUGGUCAGAUGAGACCAAAAUCGAGCUCUUUGGCAUCAACUCAACUCGCUGUGUUUGGAGGAGGAGGAAUGCUGCCUAUGACCCCAAGAACACCAUCCCCACCGUCAACCAUGGAGGUGGAAACAUUAUGCUUUGGGGGUGUUUUUCUGGUAAGGGGACAGGGCAACUUCACCGCAUCAAAGGGACGAUGGACGGCGCCAUGUACCGUCAAAUAUUGGGUGAGAACCACCUUCCCUCAGCCAGUGCCUUGAAAAUGGGUCGUGGAUGGGUAUUCCAGCAUGACAAUGACCCAAAACACACGGCCAAGGCAACAAAGGAGUGGCUCAAGAAGAAGCACAUUAAGGUCCUGGAGUGGCCUAGCCAGUCUCCAGACCUUAAUCCCAUAGAAAAUCUGUGGAGGGAGCUGAAGGUUCGAGUUGCCAAACGUCAGCCUCGAAACCUUAAUGACUUGGAGAAGAUCUGCAAAGAGGAGUGGGACAAAAUCCCUCCUGAGAUGUGUGCAAACCUGGUGGCCAACUACAAGAAACGUCUGACCUCUGUGAUUGCCAACAAGGGUUUUACCACCAAGUACUAAGUCAUGUUUUGCAGAGGGGUCAAAUACUUAUUUCCCUCAUUAAAAUGCAAAUCAAUUUAUAACAUUUUUGACAUGCGUUUUUCUGGAUUAUUUUGUUGUUAUUCUGUCUCUCACUGUUCAAAUAAACCUACCAUUAAAAUUAUAGACUGAUCAUGUCUUUGUCAGUGGGCAAAUGUACAAAAUCAGCAGGGGAUCAAAUACUUUUUUCCCUCACUGUAUAUCUACACUACUAGGUCAUCUUAUUCCCAACUCUUUGAACUCUCCCAUAUCACACAGCCACAGAGCACCACAGCUAUUCAGUCAUCCACUUUCAUUUAUUCUGUUUCUUUAUUAGAUUUUCUCUUUUUCUCCCAAUCCCUUCUUCUGUUUUUGUUUUGCUGGGCGCAAUGCCCCCAUAGGCUCCUCCCCCACCUCAUCUCAGAAUGAGGCCCUGCCCCCCUCCACCGAUUGGCCAGUCAGUGCGUACUCUAGCUCGUUCAGUCUAUCGUCCCCGGAAACGGACGUCCCAGGUACACAGUUUGUCGGAGUGGGCGGAAGUCGCCUCUAACCACUGAUACAGGGUCAAAUCUUAUAUCGUACCGUAUUCUGAGUGGUUAUGUUUAGGAUCAGGUGAUAAAAUAAUCUGGUCCUAGAUCUGUGGGUAGGGGUGACUUCCGCUUUGAGCUAGUUUGUCCCCCUGCCCCCCAUCAGUGUUGAUGCUUGUCCCAACCCUCCCCUUUCCUCCUCCCAGCCCUGUCUCUGGUGGCACAGUACCUGGUCCAGAGGAGGACCCCAUCCUUACCGUCGCAUCCGUUUUGUGUGCCCCUCCCUCUUUAGUUGUACCCGUCAUACAUCUUCCCUCUGGUGGUGUUGAUGUAUCCCCAGCCCUGUGUGUAGCAUGGGGGGAGAGGAGAGAAUAGGGGGGGAACUGGGAGGAGGGUUUAUAUACUAUAUCUUACUAUAGUUCUAGUAAGGGGUCUAUCUGUGUUCCUGGCCUGAUCUGUCCCAUACUGUGAGGCAUGGACUGAGACUGAGACUGACCCUGUGAUCUACUGUAGUCAUUUCAGUGUGGUCUGGGACUGUGUGUGUGUCUGAAGUGAAUCCUAGCUGUGUUUACCUCCGUUUUUGGUUAAACACAUACAGGAAAAGCAGAAUGAAUGCUCUGCUAUGCUCUACAGUCAACAACCCCUCUACCAGGGUAUUAUUCUGACUAGUGUUUUGGGUUGUUUAGUUCCCUGUGUGUUGUUGAUAGAAGAAUGCCAAGUAUCUCCAAUUGUUGCCAACCAAUCAAUGUGUUUUUUUUCUUAUCUCUCUUUCAGGUAAACUGUCGGACAUGAAGUCCACCUGGUCCCCAGGGCCCAUCUCCCACCCCUCUCAGGUCUCUCUGUCCCACGAGCUGUGGAAGGUCCCCCAGGGGCCCCGCAGUAACACAGCCGCCCCUACCCGGCCCCCUCCGGGCCUCACCAACCCCACCAAGCCCUCCUCCACCUGGGGAGGCAACUCCUUGGGCCUAGCCCAAGGCUGGAGCAGCUCCUACUCUUCAGGUAAAUAAAUCAAAAUCAAAUCAAAUUUUAUUUGUCACAUGCGCCAAAUACAACGGGUAUAGACCUUACCGUGAAAUGCUUACAUACAAGCCUUUAACCAACAAUGCAGUUUUAAGAAAAUAGAGUUAAGAAAAUAUUUACUAAAUAAAGUAAAAAAGAAAUAUAUAUUUUUUUAAAGUAACACAAUAAAAUAACAAUAAUGAGGCUAUAUAUACAGGGGGUACCGGUACCGAGUCAAUGUGCGGGGGUACAGGUUAGUAGAGGUAAUUUGUACAUGUUAGUAGGGGUAAAGUGACUAUGCAUAGAUAAUCAACAGCGAGUAGCAGCAGUGUAAAAACAAAGGGAGGGGGGUUUCAAUGUAAAUAGUCUUGGUGGCCAUUUGAUUAAUUGUUCAGUAACUGGAUGGGGACUUGCUGACUGACUGGAUAAAUGAAUUGACUGAAUGGGUUUUGGUCCAACCAGUGCAUGUGCAGUUGAUCAGUUAUGAAGUUCAUGUAACAUCUGUCUUACUCUCCAAACAAUGUAGUCUAUUUAUUGUGCCUGCCAUAAAAAGCUGCAGCCCUCAUAAAUGUUGCGUUAGAGUAGAAGAUGACCAAAGGUCAGGUUCUAGAGGUGUAUGUUGUGAUACAGACCAAAAGUCAGGUUCUAGAGGUGUAUGUUGUUGUGAUACAGACCAAAGGUCAGGUUCUAGAGGUGUAUGUUGUUGUGAUACAGACCAAAGGUCAGGUUCUAGAGGUGUAUGUUGUUGUGAUGCAGACCAAAGGUCAGGUUCUAGAGGUGUAUGUUGUUGUGAUGCAGACCAAAGGUCAGGUUCUAGAUGUGUAUGUUGUAGCCUGGCAGGCAGAGACUAGGAGCCGUUUUGGUACAGCCCAGGCGGGCUAGACAACGCCCCGAGAAUGCCUUGUUGUGGUUGAACACACCUCUCUCUCGAUCAACUGACACUGUGGUUUACCUAAACUACAGAGCUUACUGCUUAGAAUACGCCACCCAUCUUUCCUGGCUCCUUGGAGAAUCAAUUUCUGACAUUGUGCCAUCAUGGUGUUAGAUAUAGAGCAAUUCUGCAUUUUAGAUUUAUUUUGCUCUUUCCUCCCUCUCUAUCUCCCUCUCCCACUCUCUCUCUUUCUCCCUCUGUCCUCCUUAUAGCAGCUACCACAUGGAGUACAGACAGCUCCAACAGGACCAGUAGCUGGCUGGUCCUGAGGAACCUCACCCCCCAGAUAGACGGCUCCACCCUGCGGACGCUAUGCAUGCAGCAUGGCCCCCUCAUCACAUUCCACCUCAACCUGACCCAGGGCAACGCACUAGUGCGCUACAGCUCCAAGGAGGAGGCCGCCAAGGCCCAGAAGUCCCUGCACAUGUAUGGAGAUGUAGUUGUUGGCAGCUUUCCUGCCCCUCUCACUGCUCGUAGGCAGAAACACUUAUGUCAUGUGAACUGUCAGGUGUGAAAGAACUUAGAACUGGGAGAACUUGUAAAGCUUAGAACUUGUAAAGCUUAGAAUUUGGAAAAAUGUGAACUUCGACAUCUUUUAGUGGGUGCCCGGCCUGCAUCCACAAAGGGUAAAGAACUGUAUCUAUAGCAUCACAAGUAGUGUAUGAGAAUGGCCACUUCAACGAGGCUAACUAACUAACACUCCUCUGUGUCUCUCUCUCUUCCUGUCCAGGUGCGUUCUGGGUAACACCACCAUCCUGGCAGAGUUUGCUGGGGAGGAAGAGGUCCAGCGCUUCUUUGCACAGGGCCAGCAGCUAGCCUCAACCACCAGCUGGCAGGCUGACCCAGGCGUCAAUCAGACACGGAUGGGCGGUUCCGGGCCCAGGUCCUCGCACCCCAUUGGCCACCCCCACUGGAACUCUGGUGGCAGCAGUGGCGGCAUGGGAGGAGGUGGAGCCAAGACAAGCGGAGACCUGCUGUGGGGGGGCGUGCCCCAAUACUCCAGCCUAUGGGGACCGCCCAGCGGAGAGGAGGGGCGGGUCAUGGGGAGUCCUACUCCAAUCAACACGCUGCUGCCUGGGGACCUGCUGAGCGGGGAGUCC